UACCAGAGGACUUACCACAGAAGUCUGGAGUUACCGGAGGACUUACCACAUCUAUUCUUCCUCAUCGUUCUUCCUCAUCAUUCUUCCGGCGAGACUCAUCGCAUCAUGGCGUCUGCGGGCUGCCUGGGCGACUGCCCUGAUACGGUGUCCGUGGCGAGCGAUCUGCACGAGACGGCCUCGCUGCCGUGGGCGGUUGCCGUGAGCGACGGCGUGCGCAAGCUGGACGUGUUCAGCUGCGGGCUGGCGGUGCUGUACCUGCUGGUGUGUGUCUGUGGCCUGGCGGGGAACACCCUGGUGGCCGUCGCCGUGGUGAAGAUGGACCGGCUGUCAUCCUCCACCAGCGUGUACAUGCUGACCCUGGCGCUCGCCGACGGCCUCUUCAUGCUGGGCCUGCCGCUCAUCGCCGCCCAGAACCUCCUGCACCGCUGGCCCUUCGGCGACGCCGCCUGCCGGCUGCUCAUGGUGCUGGACGGCACCAACCAGUUCACCAGCGCCUUCUGCCUGACGGCCAUGAGCGUGGACCGCUACCUGGCGCUGAGCGACCCGCUGCGCUUCGCCGGCUGGCGCCGUCCCCGCCGGGCCGCGCUGGUAUCGCUGCUGCUGUGGCUGCUGUCCAUGGUGCCGGUGCUGCCCGUGGCGGCCCACUUCUCGGCCCGCGGCGGGUUCUGCGCCGUGGACCCGGAGCUGACGGAGGGGGGCGGCGGCCUGGCGUUCCUGUGCUGGGCCUUCGCUCUGGGAUUCGCCCUGCCCCUCUGCAUCAUGCUGGCCACCUACGGGGCGUUGGCAUGGCGACGGCGGCACGGAGGAGGCCCGGGCGCCGCGGUGACGGUGACGGAGACAGAGCGCGCGGAGCGGCGGGUGACGGUGAUGGUGGCGGCGGUGGCGGCGGUGUUCGGCGCGUGCUGGCUGCCGUUCUACGUGCUGAACUUCCUGGCGCUGUGGCUGGGGGAGUGGGCGGAGCAAGCCGAGUGGGCGGAGCAGGCGGAGGAGGUGUUCGUCCACGGGUUCGAGGCGGCGGUGCUCCUCUCCUACGCCUGGAGCUGUGCCAACCCCCUGCUCUACGCCUGCCUCUCGCACGCCUUCAGACGCCACUUCAGCGCCCUGCUCUGCCCCCGCAAGAACACGCCCACAAACCCACGCCAGCCCGACACCGAGCACUACGACCUCAACGACAGCGCCCUCCACGGGCCGGAGGCAGGGGUGCGGGUGUGAGCUCAUCUUUACUUCUCUUCCGUCGACAAGCUCGAGUCUCUGACUUGGGACAGAAACUUAAUCAGAAUCAUCCCUGGAGUGACAGCUGCUGUCCUCUGCUCAACCAAUCAGGUAACACGCCCAGGACAGAGGGGGGCGGUGCCAGGAGGUGGGUGAUGGCCAAUCAGGCGACAGCAGGGUGGAGCCAAAACUGAAUGAGAAGGAAGCUCUUUCAUGUUGGGGGGUGUGGGUUACAUAACCUGUCUCCCUCAUUAAUGUCUGUCCAACCCCCACCCCCCUCCACCCCCCCACCCACCCCAGCACUUUUAAACAAACUGAGAUGAUGUCAGUGUUGCCAUAGAGACCAGAGCUCUCUGGAUUCCAACACAACAUGAAGUUGACUUGGCUUCACACAGGCAG